AUGCAGAAUAAAAAAUUUAGUAGAUCUGCCAAAGAAGAAGAAUGGGUUCCAAUUACUAAACUGGGAAGGUUGGUUAAGGACCGUAAAAUACAAUCACUUGAUACAAUAUUCACUCAUUCUUUACAGAUCAGGGAAGCAGGAAUUGUUGAUUUCUUACUAGGUUCAAAUCUUAGAGAUGAAGUACUUGCUAUUAAAUCAGUGCAAAAGCAGACAAGAGCAGGCCAAAAAACAAGCAUUAAGGCAGUUGUGGCUGUGGGAGAUGGUAAAGGAUACGUAGGCAUUGGUACUUAUAGUAGUAAAGAUGCAGCUACUGCUAUUAAAACUGCUGCUUCUAGGGCUAAAUGUAAUAUUCGCCCUGUAAGAUUAGGAUUAUGGGAGGGUGAUGUAGGACAAGCACACACUGUGUCAACUAAAGCAUCAGGAAAAUGUGGUGCAUCAGUGGUAAAAAUUAUACCUGCACCUAAAGGAUCAGGAAUUAUAGCAUCGGGUGUGCCAAAAACCAUUUUAGAAUUAGCAGGUGUUAAAGAUGCAUACACUCGGUGUUUUGGCGCUACUUAUACAACAGAAAAUUUUGCAAAGGCUACAAUUGAAGCAUUAGAAAAGGCUAGUAGUUUAUUUAUGCCAUCUCAGUGGACAGAACCUAUAAAACAACUUAAUCCACUCAUGGAAUUUAGUUACUAUCUUAAUAAACAGGAAAAGAUGCAGUUUAAUCAAUAA